GACAAGAGGAAAAUCAAGAGCCGAAAAACAUUCAUCCUGGCAGACGGCGAGGAGUGCGAUGGAAACGCGGGAGCCCUUUUAUGCGAAGCAGUGUGAGGAGAAGAGGUUUUAAAUCCGCGUCCCGAGGCUGCAGCACACCUCUCGGUAGCCUUAGCGGAAAGUGUCGCUUUGUGAGUGGAAGCAACUUGGACAGCUGCGUGUUUUCAAGCGGAGCCAUCAACAAAGAAUGAAAGCGUUGAAACGAGCUCUGGAGCAUGACCAGCAUCCCGAGCAGGAGCACUCUUCGGCCGUGUCGGACAGCGACGACGGCUCCCCGCUCGACCUGUCGGGGAGAGGGGUCCUCGGGAAGCGCCGUCGCCGCGGCAACCUGCCCAAGGAGUCGGUUCAGAUCCUCCGCAGCUGGCUGUACGAGCAUCGCUUCAACGCGUACCCAUCGGAGCAGGAAAAGCUCAGUCUUUCCAACCAAACAAAACUGUCUGUGCUGCAGAUCUGCAACUGGUUCAUCAACGCCCGCCGUCGCCUUCUGCCUGAUCUGCUUCGCAAGGAUGGCAAAGAUCCCACCAAGUUCACCAUCUCCCGCAAGAUCGUCGUUAAAACCGAGGCCCAUCAGUCAAACGGCGGUGAAGCCGGCUCUCCCGACGCCUCAGCUCGCUCCCCUCAGCCGCGUCCAUCGGUAAUCCGCUCCGCGCCCGCUUUGGACCUCAGCCUGCUGGGGAACACGGCGACGGCCAUCCUCAUCGGAGCGGGCUAUCCUGGAAAUGAAGGGUGUGUGCAGGCACUCAUGACGAUGGACACACAAACCCUGUUGAGGGAAGCAGUAGAAAGAGGCGCCUACUCAGCCGGCCUGACAACAGGCGUCACUGUAGCUGCGAGCCACUCCAGCGGCCUUCUCAACACGCCUCCCCCGACUCCGCCCGACCUCUACACGGGUCACGACUUCAGUGACCUGAGGCUGCUGGCUGAUGCCGCUCUACAGAGAGCUGCAGAGCAGGACCUGCUCAAGGAGAGCCAAAGCAAACCAGCAGAGCCUUUCAAUGCCAAAGCGGCGGAUGCAAACAAAAAGGGCCCAACCCCGCCUCCGGAGGAACAGGUCAUGCAUCCUGCCAGAGUGCAGAGUCUGAUGGAGAAGGUCAUGUCUGUCCCAGAGCCGGUCAAAUCUCCAACAGUUGCUGCUCCACUUUUGCGCCCAGCCUCCAAGUUAUCCCCUCUACCAGUAAACAAAGUGAUAUGGAGCCCCUUGGAUAAAGACACUGUCAGAGCAUCCAGCUCAAACCAACCUCAUCUCAUCCCAACACACCUACCAGCUGUAGUGCCAGUAUCUGCCAUCAUCCACAAGCCCCCCUCGAUCCCUGUGACUCCCCCCACCACGCUGCCCACUUCAUCCUCUGCCUCAUCCGCAUCUCCAGCGCCAGCAGUCACGCCUCUCCUGAGCCUCGCCUCCCACCUCGCUCCUCAUACCUCAGGGAGCAGCGGCUCAGCCAAGGCGCCGAAGGUUUGGAGCCUGGUUCACCCCAACGCCAGGCAGGCCAGUUCACUCCAAGUGGUAAAGACCCCCAUCAACACGGUGUGGGGGCCACAGCACAGCCUGCACACGCUGAGUGAAGCUGUCAACUAGAAGCUGCUGCUGUUUUUUCUUCUUUCUUUUUUUUUUUGUUUUGUUUGGUUGGUUGGGGGUUUUUUUUAUGUAAAAACAUGAAAAGAACGCGAGGACAGGUGUGUUUUAUACAGCUGGACUUUAACGUUUACAGGAGAAUGUAUCUUGACGUGACGCCCGAGCUUGGCAAGAGUUUGAAGUUUUAUCGCGGAGGAAGGUAGAGACCGUAUCAUUCCUACGCUCUCGAGGUGUUUCUGCAACGGAUUCUGAUGUCAUCGUGGGGUUUUGGGGUGUUACAGGAAUGAACAAAUAGAAAAGUAUUCCUGAAUUGUACAAACAUUUACCAGCGUUUCCAGUAGCAGUGCUGGACUUUAGUGAAUGUAAAAAAAACAAAACAAAAAAAAGGUGACCUCCCUGGAUAGGAACUCUGCUGCCCUUUAUUCAAGCUUCUGGAUAAAAAGCACAUUUUCUUAGAACUCUUUUAGUUAUGUGCAUUUAAAAUGAUCAAGUUGUUCUUUUUUUUUCUUUUUUUAUAAAAUGAGCCUGUAAUUUUUAUUUUUUUUCUUUUUCUUCUUUUUUUUUUUUGACAUGGUUCUCUGCUUCCCAUUUGGAAACUUGAGCCAAAGAAAAAUCCAAAACACAGCAUCACGUCUCAGUCAGCGACUCCCUUGAUCCUCCUUACGGCCGCGCGGUUUCACGAAUCGUCAUCUCAGCUGCGCUGUGCAUGCCUUCUCGCACGAUGCAUCAUUAACUCUUUGCCGCUGGGAGGUUUCUGGUGUUUUUCCGUUUCCAUUUAAAGCAGGUGCGCAGGUUGCUUUCUGUUGGAAUCCCUCUCGAUGUAUUAUUUGGAGUCCCCUGACGUUUGCGAGGCCUUAGAGUUUCUGUUUCUCAGAUCCGAAUGUUGUGGCGCAAAUCUGUAUUUCAUACAGGUUCUCGACAGAGCAAAUGUAGCACAUUUUUUUUAUUUCAUUUUUUUUUGUACGCCUAGAAAAAGUAGUUUUUCCACAUCUGAUAGUUUAAAAGUGG